CCCAACAACAAGAGGAAACCGCGCCUGCUUUCGCCUCGUCGCAGCCUUGCGCUCCCCGCAAGCCUUCUUCUCCUCUCUCUCGCGCGGCUCCCCUCUCUCCCCUAAUCCGAUCGGCGGAGCGAAAUUUAGCGAGAAAUCGAGAGGAGCCCCAGACCCAAGCGCGCCAUAUAUAGCCAGGCACAUGCAAUCGGCGAACCCAGUUGCUGCUGGGCUCUCUCCCCUGCGCGCACACACGCAUUUGCCGCCUCUUUAAUCCCCUCCGCCCUCUCGCUCGCGCAUCGGCUGUCGCCAAUGGAGUCCUCACCGGCUGCGGCCAUGGCCCCGCCGCCGCCCGCGUCGUCCUCGUCCUCGUCGCGGGCCAGGGACCCCCUCCUCCUCGGAGGCUUCGACCUCCCCGCCGGCUGGGGGUGCCGCAAGCCCAUGGCCUUCUGCCGGGACAUUGGCGCCCCCGUCGCGUCCGAGUCCGACGCAGCCGCCGCGCAGGCCGACAAUAACGGCCCCCGAUCGUCGCCGGCGAAAGGGGCCCCGGCGGGGCAGCACGCGCCCGCCGCGGAGGAGGCACAGGAAGCUCCCCGGAGGCAGUGGAACCUGCGGGAGCGGACGACCUGGCGGGAUUACAGAGCGGAGGACGCGCGGCAGCCCAAGAAGCUCGGGAGCACGGACGCCGGCGGCCAGAAUAGCCGCGGCUUCUCGGUGGCGCUGACAAAGCAGGAGAUCGAGGCGGACUUCAUCGCGAUCACCGGCCGGAAGCCGCCGCGCCGCCCGAAGAGGCGGACCAAGAGCGUCCAGCGCCAAAUCGAGUCGCUCUGCCCUGGGAGUUCGCUGAUGGAGAUGACCCGGGACCGGUACAAGGUUAACGAGAAAGGGGGAUUCUGAGUUGCACAAGCACAAGGGAAGAGCAGGAGGAGGAGAUGGAUUUCCAACCGAAGAGCUUGAUCGAGCAAUGGCUGGCUCAUCAGAGUUGCUAAGAGAGAUUUAGGGUUAAUUGCUUAAUUCUGUCGGUAGUUAUGCAAUUGAUCAUGUAUGCCAAACCCUAACAGUAUAUGUGUUGGUUGGGUUC